AUGGAAGAUAACAUGGUUUCGAUCCGUUCCGACGAAGCUGUUGCCUUCGCGUUUUAUCGCUAUGACCCCAGCAUGGGCGGUGCUGUCCUUUUUACAAUUCUUUUCAUUGGCACAACCUUCUACCACAUCUUCCAGAUGUUCAAAACCAAGUCUUGGUUUUUUGUUCCCUUCGUGAUAGGUGGUCUCUUUGAGAUUAUCGGAUAUAUAGGGCGUGCCAUGUCAAGCAAACAAAGUCCGGAUUGGACGCUAGGACCCUACAUAGUGCAGACACUCUGUCUGCUUCUCGCCCCGGCUCUCUUAGCAGCCUCAAUCUACAUGUUGCUCGGUCGGAUUAUUCUGGUUCUGCAGGCAGAAUCACAUUCCAUUUUGAAAAAGAAGUGGCUUACCAAGAUCUUCGUGACCGGCGACGUGAUGUCGUUUCUUCUACAAGGCGCUGGUGGUGGCAUCCAGAGUAGUGGCUCCCUCGAUGGCAUGAAGACUGGCGAGCGCAUUAUCAUCGUUGGUCUUUUUGUCCAAAUCAUAUUCUUUGGCUUCUUCAUUAUUGUCGCUGGCCUAUUUGACUGGAAGCUGCGCAAAUAUCCCAUCCCACGCUGUUUCGAUCAGGAGAUCCCCUGGCGAAAAUAUCUCAACAUUCUCUAUGCGACUAGUGUGUUGAUCCUGGUGCGCUCACUUUUUCGACUUGUGGAAUACAUCCAGGGCAACGACGGCUAUAUUUUGCGCCAUGAAGUCUACUUGUAUGUUUUUGACUCGCUGCUCAUCUUCAUUGCCAUGGUUAUCUUCAAUAUUGCCCAUCCGUCUGCAAUCACUCGAUUUUUGACUGUGGUGCCGAAUUACGAGUUGACUGGUACACCGAAUGGGCGGACUAUGAAGCCCGAUGGAGUCUAUCGUGGCGUGUGA